GCAACCCGUCAUUCAGUUAAUUAAAUUAAUGUUUAUUUGUUAUUUACUUGCCGCACCAGUUGGGGGCAAGGUUUUACUCGUUUAAUUUUUCUAUUCUACAGAUGGAUGUUGCUUGGAUGAUUCCGCAUGGAAACCGCCGCACCUUGCAGAACAUGGAAGAGCUCCCCUUGCACUCAGAGGAAGUGAAAAAGAAGUUCCUCACUUGGGGAAACACGAAGAUGCUCCAACCUCCCAUGGUGCUAGACCUUGUUUAUCUGGAUGAACUAGGGCACUGGCAGGACAUUGAUGAGUUGUUGUACGACCCAAAAUGGAGGAUCCUGCUGUUCUUGCAUGCACCAGCCCGCCUGGAAGCCACCAUCGAGUUUCUUUGUUCCCUCCGCUUCUUUAAUGACGGAGAGGAGGCAAAGUCAGCAGCCGAAGUCACCUCCACCACAAAGGUCACGUUCACUCUAAUGGGUCGACUGCUGAACCUUACCGUGGCAUACUUAGGGUGGUUUAUUGGUCUCUACACGCUCGAUGAAAUGCGGAGCCUGGCUUUUGCCGACUGCCUGACCAGUUGGAUCCGGAAUUCGAUGUUAAGAAGUUCUGGCAAGCUCACGGGCAUAGACGAUUUCACAAGUCUGGAAGCGCGCGUACCAGUCAAUUUAGCAACCUUUGUGGCUCGAUUCUUGUUUGAUCAGUCUACUUGCAACCGCCAGUUUGUCUUGUGUGGGCCAAUGGUUACGCUUCUAGCCCGGGGAUUACGUAUGUCAGUUCCCGAUGUUCUCCCAGAAGCUGCAAGCAUGUUCCGAGCACUGACAGGGUAUUUCGCCCAGACUGCCUACAAUAAGGAAGACAAGGAGGCACGUCCCAGACGGCAGCAUACUAUUCCUAUGACUCUUCGCGAGCUUUUGCAGGCUAUGUUUGCAUUCCAGGAUUCUGUGGAUUCUCGUUUGAGGAGCAUGGAGACACUUCUUCUCACACAGCAGUGGCAGGUGGAGGAAAUACUCGACUACAUCUGGGAACAAGGAGCAAAGAAAACGGAGCAUGAGGCGGGUCCUAAUCAAGGCAAACGUCAGGGAUAGUGAGAUCCCUAAUUUUCCUAUUACUACAUUCAGAACAUUAUUUUUGGAUAUUUAUAUCAUCUUAUUUUGGAGUUCUAUUCUUUUUAUGACUCUUAAAACCCUUU